UGUGUCAUCAUCACUGUCGACCAAAAAAAAAAAAAAAGAACCGACCCACCUGAGUUUCGAUCUCUCUCUCUCUCUCAACGACCCAGAAAAAGCGCAAAAUCUAAUUUGCUUUUUGUAAGAAAAAAGAAAAAGCAAUGACCAAUGAGUAUCAACAACAAAACAUGUACUCCCUUCAGAAAGAAGAUGAGAAAGACUCCUUCGAGCUGGGAUCGGAGGAGCCUGAGGCUCCGUUGCCCCUCACUGUCACUUCUCGGGUGUUGUAUAUGUUGGGGGAUAUAACGGCGGGACCGGCGUAUCGGUUUGCCCAAUGGCUGGAGCUGGUCCGUAAGCGCAGCGGCAAUUACCGCUCUUCUGGAUUCCCUCAUCGGAUCCCCAGAGCCCAUAGCAUGCCAUUAAGCUUAAGUGCAGAAGAGUCAAGUCUUGAUCAGGUUGAUCCUCUACCAUCUGAGCAAACACCAGAAGUAAAUUUAUGGGAGAGACUUGGCAAAGCUGCGGUUUUGGACAUUGAAUCAAGCACCUUUUCGUGGAACAUGCUGUCUUCUCUUCACCACACGGAACACAGUAGUAGUACCGAACAGUCCGAGGAUGAAACCAAUAAAGCAUUAGAGGUGACUGUAAAUUCUGGGGGUGUUGUAUUCUUUGCGCUAUUUAACGAACCUGAAAAUGAUGAUGCUUCUCCAAAAGAAGCUGCGGCUGUUAUAAAGAUAUCAUCUUCGAGGAUGGCUACACAAUCAGAACGUCUGGGUUAUGAAUUUGCGAAGUGGCUAGGUGUCCAAACUCCACAAUCCAGGGUUAUUCAUAAUUGUAGCCCAGAGUGGCUACAGAUCAAGGAAGCUGCAGAAAAAGCAAAAGAUGCAGCGAUUUUGGAAGGUGAUGGGAUUGUGGAAAUGACGUGUUCAGAACUUCUGGAAGCUCUUGAGCUAAGCCGGUGCCUUAUGUUAAUGAAUUACAUACAUGGGUCCCCUCUGCUGGAGAGCUCAAAUGCAUUUGAUUCACGAGAAGCAGGAGAAAGGACUGCGGCAGCACUAGGUAGGGUUUUGAUGUUGGAUCUUGUCAUCAGAAAUGAAGAUCGGCUUCCAUGUCGCCAUCUCAGAUGGCGCGGUAACCCUGCAAAUUUAUUGUUAGCUGAUAAAGUGAAUGCUGCAAACUUGGACGCACUAGCAGCAGCCUUCGAUUCUGCAAUUGAUAGAUAUAGGCCAAGAGUGAUUCGGGCGCUUCAGAAAGAAAGAAGAGCUAAUUCUGUAGAUAGCAGAAUAAGCACUCCUAACCCAGGAUUAAUAUCACAGAGUUCCGACCUUUCAGACAUCACAGAAUCUCCAAAAUCCAGCAAUAUGAGCGUAAGUCAAACUUCAAAUGAGUCAUGUCCAGAUUUUCACGUUGUAGCAAUAGACUCUGGGGUUCCUCGAAGACCACCUGCAGGAAAGCGUGCAAGUGAUCAAGAAAAUUAUCCUAAGCUGGUUGAGCUCCUAAUUAACAGUCCCGAGUAUGCUUCAAAAAUAUUAUAUGAGAUUACAGGAGGAAAAUUAGGAUCUCCACCAGAGGAUUCUGAUAUAGUGAACAACUAUCAGGCAGCUGAUGCAGCUUCAAUAGUGCAUGAAUUCCGGAGUGGAUUUCGUGCAGCUCUACGUGACUUGCAGGGAUUUCAUAUAUUCGUUGUCACACUUCAUCAGAAACUGGAUAGCCUUUUUCGAGUAUUUCUUAAUAUUAUCAACAGAGCUUCUGCUGGCGAUCUUGAGAAAGAAGAGUUGGUAAUUCCUGAGUCACCUUCACAAUCUGCUGGCGUUGCGGGGCAUUGCCCAUCAACACCAAGUAAAGAACGCACACCAAAUGAUAAUUAUUUGGAUUCAAAUGAAUCAGAGUGUCAGAGAACAGCUACUAGACCAUCAUCUUCAGGAUGCAGAGACAGCUUGGAUUCUACCGUUUCUCCAAGUUCACGUGAUAGCUGGCAAGGAAAGCUCUGUAAGGGCAGUGGUGAGCCACUUCGUAGUCUCCGAUUGACUUCAAAACUCCGUGACUUUCACAAGUUUGCUAAGGUAGAUGCAGAACUAAAUAAAGAGUUGGAGCAAUGGAAUGAGAUGCUUAAAAGUGAUGCAGUUAAACUGUGCCAGGAAAACAAUUUUAAUUCAGGUUUCUUUGAAGGAAGUGAUAGUAAUUAUGUGGUUGAUGCUUAUGAGCUGAAGAUCAGGCUUGAGCACAUUCUGGAGAGGAUAUCAUUAAUUUCUGAUGCUGCAAAUACAGAAAAACCAUCUGCAAUCUCAGCCAGCUUGUUUAUUGGUGGCGCACUUGCUGCUAGAUCUGUGUACACACUGCAACAUUUAGGGAUCACACAUAUCUUAUGUCUCUGUGCAAAUGAAACUGGGCAGUCAGACUCCCAGUUUCCUGAUUUAUUUGAAUAUAAGAACUUUUCUAUAUGUGAUGAAGAAGAUUCUAAUAUCAGUGAACUCUUUAAUGAAGCUCAUGAUUUUAUCGAUCUUGUUGAAGAAAAGGGCGGGAAGGUUCUGGUUCAUUGCUUUGAAGGGAGAAGCAGGAGUGCUACAGUAGUUCUUGCUUAUUUAAUGCUCAGGAAGAAGUUUACUUUGUUGAAGGCAUGGAAUACGCUGAGACGAGUUCAUCGUCGAGCCCAACCUAAUGAUGGUUUUGCAAGGAUUCUCUUGGACCUAGACCGCAAGUUGCAUGGUAAGGUUUCUAUGGAAUGGCAACAGCGGAAGCCAAGCAUGAAGGUUUGCCCCAUCUGUGGAAAGAACGCUGGCUUGAGUAGCAGUUCGCUGAAGCUGCAUUUGCAGAAAGCACACAGGAAACUAUCUUCUGGGAGUGUGGACAGUGCUAUGAACAUGGAAAUACAGAAGGCCUUAGAUGCACUCAAAAUAAGUCGAGGUGGAAGUGUCAGCCCUACGCAAAGACAAUCUUCCAUGAUUGAAGAUUUGGAAUCAUGAGGUUAAUAGUGUGCUACUGGCCUAACCUACCUGAGCGGGUAUUGGUCAUUGCAGACGGGAAUCAUGAAGCUUAAAGUCAUCCUCAUGAUUAUGUAGUUUCAAUAUCAAUCAAAAGGGUAAAACGUGUAGUUAAGUACACAAGCUUAAUCUAUAAACAUGCUGAAGUGCAGGUGUAAGAGUUUUAAGAAUUGAUGCUCUGUAGCGUAUCCUAGCAGUAAUUUUAGGAAGUUAGAUACCUUAUUUGUUCCCGCCAUGGAAAAUGUAAAAUUAUGUUGGAAUUUUUACAUUCCUAUACCACAUAGGAAACCUUUUUACCCUA